ACGCGCUGAUGCAUUCCACAAUUUGUCGCGAGAUAGGUAUGACCUGAUGCAGCGUUCUGCCUGUGCCUUCUCAGUGUCUUCGUAGAAGGGACCAUCCGUCGUGGGCUUUCUUCCGAGGGCUUUGCCUGUGUACCAUUCUUCAUCCUUUAGUUUUGACGCGUUCCUGGAGUGCGGCGACCUAGGCUUCCGGGACCUCAAGUGGGCAUUCGCGGUGCUCAGUCUCCUGUGUUCGCACUGCGACCGCGGCUCUCCCAGACUUCGGGACCUUCUUAGGAAGACAGCUACAUCGGAAAACUCUGCGAGGAAGACGCUUCCAAAAUUUGCGUUCGAGGUUUCGUCGCUCGAAGACUGUUCUCAGCAGCUGGAAUCCCUCGUUCACCUACUGGACCUCUUGGAGGCUAUAAAGGAAUUUGUUCUGAAUACGGACACCUUCCUUAGCCUACUACCCUACAUAACGGCGAUGGUUGACUCAUUGCGUGAAUCACAAUUAGGCAUCGACGACGUCUACAAUAGGGCCGUGAAGUUGGAAGCGUUUGCGACGAGUGGCGCCAUGCUGGGUAGACAACGUGUGUUGUCCCACCCGGACUUCAGAACUCUCCCAGUCGUUCCAGCAUCUGAAGAGUUGCUAGCCAGAGAAUUGCCUGAUUUGACGCCUAAUCGUGUCCGUGGGUCGUAUAAUAGCAGGGAGCACUAUCUGGACGUCCAGUUUAGGCUGCUUCGUGAGGAUUUCGUCCGUCCGCUUCGGGAAGGGAUAAGGGAGUGCGCCCGGACACAGCAAGCCCGUGGACAUAGAUACAGGAAAGAAAUAUUCCACAAGUUGGACGGCGUCAACGUCCAUUCCGGCGUUGUCAUUUCCUCUUCCGUCAACGCAGAUGGAAGGGUAUACGUCGUGCAGUUCGACGCCUCGAGUUUCUCAAAGAUACGCUGGAAGGGAACGAGGCGCUUCAUGACUGGAUCGCUGCUUGGCUUCAGUAAGGACAACUUCGAGACAAUCCAGGUGGCUACGGUGUCUCGUGCCACUCCAAGUAUGCUCGGCAGAGGCGUCGUUGAAGUCACAUUCUGGAAUUGUAGCUGCGCAGUCACGGGCCAGUUUGUUGUUCUGGAAAGCAUCGCAUACUUCGAGGGUUAUCGUCAUGUAUUCCAGGCUCUGCAAAACACGCACGGUCUUCCACUGGAAAAGUACAUCGUAGGUGCGGAAUCUGUCGUUUUCCAUCCAAGUUACGUGAAUAAUUCGACGACGUUGGACAUAACGUGUCUCCUAGAGGCACCUGGUGGUACUCGCCGAAAGGUGACCCUGCUCGACCGAGACAGCUGGCCAAAGGCGGAAGAACUCCAACUGGACAGCUCCCAACUGGAGGCUCUUCAGUACGCUCUAACCCAUGAACUAGGCGUCAUACAGGGACCUCCGGGAACGGGAAAGACCUACAUGGGUUUGAAGAUUGUUCAGACGCUGCUGGAGAACGACGCUGUAUGGGGUGACGGCCAAGGUCCCAUCUUGGUGGUCUGUUAUACCAAUCGCGCCCUGGAUCAGUUUCUGGAAGGCGUGCUUCAGUUCACGAAACUUGUUACCAGGAUGGGCGGUGGAUGUAAAAACAACGCCUUGAAAAGGUAUCAUGUCAAUAAGAAGUGUAAACGGACACGAGCUGGUCGGCAGUCCUCUGAAGCUCUACAGAAGCACCUUGAACGAGUGAAGACGCUUUCAACAUUGGCACAGACAGUCUUUUCCGUACCUGAGGAAGAGGACGUCGUAAAACUGCUUAUGCAUGUCAUGAGCAAGGCGUGCUGCCAGUCCUUCUUGCAAGCGGUGUUCGACGAGCAUUCCUUCUGUCAAGUGUUCAGGGUGUGGUUACGCAUGGAUCAAACGAAAGCACUCUUCCUGAAUCAAUGCAGCAAAAAGGACACGUCGGUGCACAAAGCUAAAAAGGGAUCCAACAGGCGGGACCUGGACACAAGCUCUUGGGAAGCACAUCUGCGCAACAUCAUCAAGGAGGGCGAUCGAGCCACAGGAGACGAUCACGUCGAGGACGUCUGGACACUACGAUCUCGAGAGCGCUGGAAACUGUAUCGAUACUUGGUCGACAACCUGACUUCUGUGAUUGACACCUUUCAAACUUCUGAGAUGACAACAAUGGAAGAUAUGCAAGAGCGCAUGGCGCACUCCAGACUAAUGGCUGACCUACCGGUCCUUAGGGCGUCCAAGGUCAUUGGAAUGACAACAACGUGCGCGGCUAAGUACCAGGCUCUCCUCCGCGAGGUGCAACCGCGCAUCGUCAUCGUGGAAGAGGCAGCCGAAGUACUCGAAGCUCACGUGGUGACAAGCUUGGCUCCGCAAACUCAGCAUGUGAUCCUCAUCGGGGACCACCAGCAGUUGCGUCCGCCUACGAAUGUACACGAACUGUCAAUCAGGUUCGGUCAACGUGUCAAGAAGUACAUCGCCAGGAUGAACAAACAAAAGCGAAAGGCUCUGCAUGACAUCGGGAGUGAGCAUUACGUUUAUGAAGCGGUUGCCGGACAAGGCUCACUUGAUGACUACCUCCGUGGUCUCAUUGCAAAGAAGCAACCCUGCGACAAGUGACUUCAAUAGGCCCGCUGAACAUACUUGUCUUGCUUUUACAUAGUGUUUGUUUUGGUUUCGAAAUACUGCAGCGAUGUAUAUGAUGUGCAUUCGCCAUAAUCGCCCUCUUCUCUCCACUGAUCUCAAUGUCAUAACAAAAUCAGACUUUUACAGAUAAAGAAUAUUUCAU